AAAACUUUCGAAGUUGUGUGCGUGCAUUCAUCCGAUAGUAGAAAGAACAGAAAAAAAUUGUCGAUCGCUCUAGUUCGGGGUGCGAGUGUUGAAAGAAAUCCAAGAUUUCGCUACGUUUCCGCACGCAGCGGAACUCUAAUAUUCAAUAAAAUAGGAAAUCGGUUUAGUACCGUGACUGGGGAAUAGUUUUCGCUUCUGACGAGUGGUGAAAAGCUUGCCCAAAAUAAUUUCUGCCUGCCAAUGGAACAACACUGCUAGCAGGAGUGUACGAGGAAGGUGCAAAGCAGAAAAAGAGUUUCGGUCGGAAUUCAAGCGGGCCUUCGCCACCAAUACUCGUCCAGUGGUUUAGUUUUUUUUAUCCUUUUCAAAAAGUCGAGGAGCAAAGUCUUGGCGCUCAGCUCAAGAUUUGCUGUUAUUUCUCCAGGAACUGGCCUUUCGAGUUGAACUGAUACGGAAUUGAAAGAUAGCCAUGUCCGGCCAAAGCUCUAUAGGCAAUCGGAUCAACAUGAUCGAGGCACAGCUACAGGUACAACAGCCGCAGCCACAACCGAGGACACCUCCAACGCCUCCGACGCUCAAUUUUGACCGGGCCCAGCGUGGCGGCAGUGGUGGUUUUGGUUCCAGUCGUGGACGACCAAAUUUAGACCUGCCACUACCACCUAUUCAGUCGGGCAACCGAAGAAGUGAUUCGGAGCUACGAUUUCACAAAAUUAUUGAAAAGAGCGGCAUGUUGAAGAUAAACGAUCAGACGUACAAGACGACACUAACCGACAUGCAGGAUUUGGGUGAGCUGGGUAGUGGAACAAGUGGACACGUGGUCAAGAUGCGACACAGGCCCAGCGGUGCAAUAAUCGCUGUAAAGCAAAUGCGUCGCACCGGGAACGACGAGGAAAACAAACGAAUCAUAAUGGAUCUAGAUGUGGUUCUCAAAUCGGAAAAAUGCAAAUAUAUUGUCAAGUGUCUUGGUUGCUUUAUAACCGAUGCAGACGUUUGGAUCUGCAUGGAACUGAUGACCACCUGUUUCGAUAAGCUGCAAAAGAAGUCGAAGAUGCCGGUACCUGAACAGAUUCUGGGCAAGGUAACAGUGGCGACAGUGAAUGCACUUGCUUAUCUAAAAGAAAAGCACCAUGUGAUUCAUCGUGAUGUGAAGCCCUCGAAUAUAUUGAUCGAUGACCGAGGGAACAUAAAACUGUGUGAUUUCGGUAUCAGCGGGCGGUUGGUUGAUUCGAAUGCCAAAACUAGAUCAGCAGGGUGCGCUGCAUACAUGGCGCCUGAACGUAUAGAUCCUGCCAAGUCCGUGUAUGAUAUCCGGGCCGACGUUUGGUCGCUAGGAAUCACACUGGUUGAGCUAGCUACAGCCGUAUUCCCCUAUCGUGGCUGUAAAACCGAUUUCGAAGUUCUCACCAAAGUGCUUACAUCAAAUCCUCCCCGACUGCCCGAGGAUCAACCUUUUAGUCCGGAAUUUCGCGACUUUGUCCAACGUUGCCUACAGAAAGAUUAUCUUGCACGGCCAAAAUAUCCCGACCUGUUGAAACAUCCCUUUCUCCUGCGAGCGGAACAGGACAGCACCACAGACGUAGCCGGCUGGUUUCGUAACGUGGCAGUGAACAGUGGAAUUCAGCUGAGUACACCGCAAUUGGUCAGCUCUAGUAGCGUUUCUGCAACUGGUACCACGAGCGGGCUAGCAUCGGUCAGUUCACCGACCGCCGUCAGCAGCCAGCGUCCUUCGUCGUCCGCGUCGGAUCAGAAUAGAGUCCCGACACCCUACGAAAAUCUGACGGAAGCUGUCCAGGCACAGUCGAACCAGCAAAAACAAACCGCAAUAGCAUCGUCGAUUCCGAUCAUGUCAAGCAAUACGCCAAACCACACCAGCACAACAUAUGAACAGCAAAACAAAUCCUUCGUCGAUCCACAGCAGAUAUUACAAGUGAAACUCAACAGUAUCAGCUUGGCACCGGCUACAUCUACCUCGUCUUCCACAACACCUUACGAUCUACGGUCACCUUCGCCCGCACAUCACCUCCAACAACAACAAAUGCAAACACCUCAGGCUCACUAUCUUAAACUGCAACCAAAAAGUGCGAUAGUUAGUAAUAGUAACAACUUUAGCAACAUUAGCAGCAUCGGUCCGGAGGGCAAUCGAAAGUACAAACAAUCGCCGUUUUUUUCCCGGCGGACAGAUUCGAACGCUGACCCCCUGACCUACGGUAGCCCCAAGAAGGAAUCAACGUUGAGUAGUCUAGGACAAAGCAUAUUCAAGAACCUUACCACGUCACCGUUCUCGAAUCGCAAGGCCGAGCAGAAAUCCUACAAACCACCGCUUCCCGGCGAGGAUGGCGGCGGUGGUUGCUCGAUGCUGAACGGUAAUCGACCCGGUUUCAGCAAUCCAUCAUCUCCGCUCUUGCUCAACCGAAAAAUGAUCGAUCUGCACGAAGAGCAGCAGUAUAGGCACCUGCAAGGAAAUACUAGUCCCAUAGUUCUUCAACGAUUCUAUCACCAGCAGAAUCAGCUGAGAGAAACCAAACAACAUCAACUAGAACUACAGUCAACGAAUCCAUUCUACCAGCAACCGCCGCAACCAAGCGGAAUACCAAUCAAAUACAGUCCGUUACCAUCGCAUCGAACUGUGCACCACCCGACGAAUCCAGCGCUUGCUGGUGGAUACGUUGGCUAUCCUCAAAUGGUGCCACCGGAGGCCAGCAAUAUACCGACCUACCAGUACCAGCAGCUCAAUUCUAGCAGUCCGAAGCAUAAAACGGGUGGGUUCUUCAACACGUUUAGUCGAACUAGAAGCCAAAACAACGGUACAAGCAGCACUAGUCAUCGGUUAGAUCGCGGCGAUAGUGCCGGUAAUGAUGGAGGCUAUCCCGAGGGUGGAUUCUAUCAGAAUCAACAGUUUUACGGGCGACAAACGUUGCCGGAAUAUGGCAGUGCGGGAUACGCCAUGCAGAGUGGCCUGAGCAAUGGCGAUAACAUGAAAGAUGAUACAGGGUGGUUCAAUUCAAUUGCAGAUUUGGCUAAGCGACGAUUUGCUUCGUUUGUGAAACUAAAUCUGGCUGCUACCGGUGAAAAACGGCCAAAGGAUAAACAUCUACAGCAUCACUUACUUCAGCAACAGCAGCAGCAGCAGCAAUUACAACAUCAGCAGCAAUAUCCGUUCGGAAAUGGUGCUACCGUGGCUCCGAUGAAUAAUUUCAACGCGAGUUCAACCAAUCCAUUUGCGGCUUCUGUAAGUGGUAUUCCUUCUGGCAUACCUCCGUCAGCCGCCCUGCACAUGCUCAGCAGUGAUCGGCGACAUCGAAGUCCAGAUCCACCCCCGAGAUAUAAUCGAGGUCAAUCGCCGCUGCUCCUGCAUCGAAAACUAGAAAAGUUGGGUCAAACUGGGUCACCUAUUCUAAAUCAACGUUUCACCUCCGCCUCCCCAUCACCUCCGCUGCCGCCGCGACGAGGAUCCGAAAGUGUUCCCGGCUCGCCACAGCACAUUCGAACUCGAAUUCAUUACACACCGGAACCACACAGGCGACCCUACCGGACGAUAGACCAAUGAGUGGGACUGCAGAUUCUGGUCAUGUGAUCGAUGUACAGAUUUUUGGAUUGAACUUAUUCUUGUCGUCGCAAUCGCCGCUACGUGUUGAAGGAUCCUCCGAUAUCUCUGGCCGAUCUGUUUGUACAGGUAGUGUUGGUGGGCUCUGGACCGAUGUGAUUUUUCGCUUAUUGUAAGCUUAUUGUGUAAUUUGAACAGCAGUGUAUACAGGCUUUAAUAUCUUACAAUUGACGUUGCUUCAGUGUGCACAAUUAAAUACAACCGUUGCUGCUCUUUUGA